AUCGUACAUAAAAUUCCACAAACGGUUAGUGCAUAAAAUUCCCAAACAGGCAAGUGCAAGCUCUCCAGCUCUCUUCGCCGCCUUCUCCUCAUCCUCUCGGCUUCAUCUUUUCCUGCGUCCCUCGCUUUUCCUGGCCUGUUCAUGCUAUGAUCUCUUGAGCCUCAUUUUCGAAUCAUAUCGCAGCUCUCUCUUUACCUACGCUACAGAGCAGACUCUCCAGGAUCGAUCCCGGUCCGGCUGGAGCAACCAUGUCUGCCGCCGUAGCGUCGUCGUCGACAGUAAACUCGCAAGCCCAGGGUGUCCGCCAGCCUGUGCGGCAGACGCGAACGAACCCAUCACGGACAUCUAAGACGCUGAGUCGAUCUUCUUUCGCCUAUGGUCACUCCUCUGUGACAGAUGCACCGCCAACUCCUACCAUCCCGCACGGAUUCUAUCCAGCGCUGUCCCAUUUCACCGAUGCCGUCGCUGCGCUGCCCCGAGAGUUUCGUCGUCACAACUCCCUGCUGAAGGAGGUGGAUGCGAAGGCAUGGGCACUGGAGGAGAAUCUAUUGCAGCUUUUGAAGACUGCCUCUGACUCAGAGCCUGUUCCAUACCCGCCUAAUCCGGCGCCGAUAGUGGACGGCUUCAUUCGCGAGGAUGCGCAACCGAAGGAUGCUUCGCAAAUCCCAGAAUCGCAUGAGAGCAAGAAUCGCAGACUGCUCUUCGACCGUGUUCGGCACACCCUGACGGACCUGAUGAUGACGGCGGAUGAGAAGAACCAUGUGCUGACCAAUGCCAACGAGGAGCUCGACAGACAGCUCUUCCGUCUCGAUACCGUAUUCCCGUAUAUAUCAGGUGAGAUUAGCGAGGAGUCUCGACUGGGUAGCCUCACCCACUGGGCCUAUUCGAAUAAAUCGGCGGCCAAGGAUGCUCGCAGCACAAACGAGCGUCCCCGUCGCGAGGCAGCGAAGCAGGAUCUUGCUGCUCUCCACGAAGCUGAAGCGGCCUCUCGUAGCGAAGCACGACGUGAAGCCGUCCUGGCUCGAAAGCAGCGCCGCGCACACCAAGACUCCGACUUUGAUGAAGCGCGCGUUGGUCGCAAGGGUGCUGGAGCCAAGGCUCGAGGUGGUGCUGGGGCGGACAACGCUGCUGAACAAACUGGACUGGGAAUCGCUGGUACGGCUACUGCCCCGACCAAGCGCCGGAAGGUCGAGCGGCCACAACCGGUGCAGACAGGAGCUGCCAUGGAGCGGUCUCUGAGCGGCGUCACUGCCGGCGGACGUGCCCAUUCGAAGGAUGCUCCCGCUGCGGAAACCAAGAAGAGAGCCCGGGCAUCUAAUGCUCCUGCUGCUAAUGGUCGCAAACGGAAUAAUACCACCACUGCCGGACCUGGCUCACCCUCUCUGGUCUCCUCCCCUGUUAUUGGGACGUUCAAUGCCCCGAGAAACGCACCUAGCCCUGGUCCGAAUACGACUGCCCGGCCGCAGUCUUCCAGAGCCCAGCCAAACAAUAACCAGGCUUCAAAUGCUCGCCAGAGACCGCCUUCUUCCGCAUCGAACCGUGCGAACAAUGGCAACAAAUCCGCAGAAACAAAGCCUCCAGUCAAAGAAGGGACCAAGGAAGCUACUCCACACGCGGGCGCGGAGGCUACUCCUGAUGUCAUGGAUACAGCAGAUGAUGCUGCCACAGCCCCGGCUUCUGUAGCGACGAAGCAAGAAGGGACAGAGCAGGCAAGUGUAGAGCCCAGUCCAGCAGGGAUUGAAAGGGCGGACCCUGCACCGCCUUCAGCUCCAGCUGCAAAAGGUCGAGCCUCGAAGAAUUCCACUCCUGUGGCCACCACCUUCUCUGAAGCCACUCAGCAGCGAUCCCGGCCGUCUCGGAACACCGAUACCGCAGGCGUUAAAAGGGCUAAGAAGGGCCUGGCGCUGGUCCAGCAGGCUGCUGCUGCCACCGAAGACGAAGAAUCGUCGCGCGAGGGUGACGAUGAGGACGACGAUGGAGAGCCACGGUACUGCUACUGCAACGAGAUCAGUUUCGGAGAGAUGGUGGCGUGCGAUAAUGAUGCUUGCCCUCGAGAGUGGUUCCAUCUGUCUUGUGUUGGGCUGACGAAGCCACCGGGGAAGAAUGUGAAAUGGUAUUGCAACGAGUGCAAGGAGAACAUGAGACGGGGGCGCUCCAGCGGGAAAUAAAAGGGCUGGUCGCUACUUUGCUAUUCUCGUAUGAUACCUUAAUGAUUGUUAAUACUGGAUUGGCGGGCAGGUAAUAUCCGGUGACUGGGAUUGUGAUAUGGGAGUUUCUGG